CCUCUGGUUUCCUUCCUCCACCCACUCAAAGCUGGUUAUUGAGCUGUUCCACCCACUGGCCUUUUUAACACUAGAAACACAAUGUGAGAAGUGGAGAAACUACAAUUAAUUUCAAUACUCUAAUAUUAUUCAAAAUUAUUUUUGACACUGGGAAGCUGAAUAUUCUUCUCUUUCUGGAGUCAUCAUAUGUAAGAAUUGUCUAAGGCUUUGUAAAACUGUUGCCCAACAGACUGGAACAUGGAUCCACAGCUGGACCCCAUGAAGGAUGACUUGCCCUUAAUGGCAAACACCAGCUACAUGCUUGUAAAGCACUACGUGUUGGACUUGGAUGUGGAUUUUAAAAGUAAAGUUAUUGAAGGCAGCAUAGUUUUAUUCUUUGAGACUGGGAGCCAGCACAGGAAAACCAGCAGCACUGGCAGGGAAUGCUGCCAGUCAGAGUGUGAUCAAUCCCAUAAAAUGAGGGCAUCUGGGCCCUGCCACGUUCCUGUGACAAAUGUGAGUGCCUGUUCAUCUGAAAUGGAAUGUAAUGGUUCUGCUGUCAGUGGUAAAGGUGAAGAAGAUGCUUCUGAUGGAAAUGGUAACCAUAGCAACAGUGAACAGGCUUCUGGGAUUUCCAGUUCAGAGGACUGCUGUGACAGGGAGAAUCACGGGAACGAGGAUUUUGUGCUGGUGUUGGACUGCUGUGAUUUAUCUGUGCUAAAGGUUGAAGAGGUAGAUGUUGCUGCUGUGCCAGGCAUUGAAAAAUUUACCAGGUCUGCCAAGCUGACCGAUGUUUCAGAGGAGCUGGGGAACCUCAGGAAUCAGAUUGUGCAGGAACUUGUGGCUUUACCUGCACAGCGCUGGAAGGAGCAGCUGUGCUGUUUUGCUGACUGCAGCCGGGCACCUGGCUGUGGAGAGCUGCCCUUUGCUACUGGCCCUUGGAGCCUGGAGAUCAGGAAACCGGGAGUUGGGACUCCAGCAGACUUCCCUCACGCUGUGAGAAUAUGGUACAAAACCAACCCGGGCGGAAGAUCCGUGGCGUGGACCACAGACCAGAGUGGCAGGCCAUGUGUUUACACGAUGGGAUCACCAAUAAACAACAGAGCCCUCUUCCCAUGCCAGGAGCCACCCGUUGCCUUGUCCACCUGGCAAGCCUCUGUCCGAGCAGCUGCAGGCUUUGUGGUGCUCAUGAGUGGGGAGAACUCGGCAGAACCAGCCCAGCUUCCAGAAGGUACCUUGAGCUGGUACUACUACGUGUCUAUGCCAAUGCCAGCAUCCACCUUCACCAUCGCUGUGGGGUGCUGGCAGGAGGUGAAGCAGCAGGAAGAUAAGGAGCAGUCCCUCACACCUGCUGCUCAAACAAACACUGAAUUUUUGUUGCCAUCUUUACAAGCUGAUUUCAGCUGGCAGGAAGCAGCGUGUGGCCAUGUGGACUAUCCCUGCCGUUUCCAGAGCCCCGCAGGGAGCUGCCAGGCUGUCAUUCCUCACAGACUCUUCUCCCCCCGGUGCCUCCUGGAGCUCUGCGAGGAGCGUUUGCUGCAGCUCAUCCCCCGGUGCCUCUCGGCUGCUUUCGCCACGCUGGGCACCCACCCCUUCUCCAGGCUCGAUGUUCUGAUAGUCCCUUCCAACUUCUCCAGCCUGGGAAUGGCCAGCCCACACAUCAUCUUCCUGUCCCAGAGUGUCCUGCCAGGAGGGAGCAACCUCUGUGGGACUCGUCUGUGCCAUGAGAUUGCCCAUGCCUGGUUUGGGCUGGCCAUUGGGGCUCGGGACUGGACUGAGGAGUGGACCAGUGAAGGCUUUGCCACUUUUCUGGAAGAUAUAUUUUGGGCUAGGGCACAACAGCAGCUCUCCCAUGAAGAGGUAAAAGGGCAGCAGGAGCUGAAGGCUUUGCUUCGCUGGCGCCGACUCAGGGACGAGGUGCAGAACUCUGAGGAAGAGCUGCAGGUUUUGAGGCCCAACAAGGGGAGCACAGGAGAAUUGAGUGAGUCUGGAGCAUCUGUUGUCAAGUAUGGUCUUAAAGCAGAAAAAAUCUUCAUGCAGGUUCACUAUUUGAAGGGUUAUUUCCUGUUGAGGUCUCUGGCCAGGACAGCAGGAGAGGCCUCGUUCCUUCUGUCUUUGCGGAAGUUUGUCCGUAGGUUCCACGGGCUGCUCGUCCUUUCCCAGGAUUUCCUUUGCAUGCUGUUAGAAGACAUCCCUAAACAAAAAAAAUCCGGGUUAACUGUUGAAAGUAUCUUCCAGAACUGGCUUGACACUUCUGGAAUACCAAAGCCCCUGCUGGAGGAGGUCGAGACGUGGAAGGAGUGUCGGCUCGUCCAGCAAGUGCGCGGCGAGGUCACAAAAUGGAUUCAGACAAACCAGAGGGUCAGGAAAAGCAGCAAAAAGAAAAGAAAGCAGGAUGAAGUAAUUUUCCAGAAGCUUCUCCCUGACCAGCUGGUCUUACUUCUGGAGUCUCUGUUGGAGGAGAAGACAUUGUGUCCUAGAACACUGCAGUGCUUGGAGAGAACAUACCAGCUCCGGGAGCAGGAUGCUGAGGUUCGUCAUCGGUGGUGUGAGCUCGUCAUUAAACACAAGUAUGUGCCUGGGUAUGGAGAUGUGGAGAGAUUUCUCAGAGAAGAUCAGGCUAUGGGGGUGUAUCUCUAUGGUGAAUUAAUGGUGAAUGAAGAUGCAAAACAACAAGAACUUGCACGUAAAUGCUUUGCUUCAGCACAAGAGCACAUGGAUGUGUCCUCAGCCAGAGUGGUGGCAGAGAUGUUGUUCUGAAGAGGAAUGAUCACAGAGAAACUCUUUUAAUAGAUGUGCUCCUAAACCCCGAUGGUACUGGGAUUUCACUGACCCGGAACAUCAAAGGAAGGAUUAUGUGACUGCUCAAACAAUCAGUUGACAGAAAUAUUUACCUUUCUGUGUUUCCAGAGGCUCACUGUAACUGAGACCACAUGCACACAAAACAAACUGCACACACACGUGUUACUCUGGCUUCAGGUGAUUCUUUGAUUCAAGACAUUUGGGGUUUGUCCUUGGUCUUUGAUAACACAACCAUUCCAGUUUGAACAUACCAAGGGCUCUUGAUUUGAACAAUUUAUGCACUGCAGUUAUUUAGAGGUUCUGAAAUUUGAUUAAACUGUAUUGAAUACUUCAAAUUUUGUUUGUAACUUCUUUGUCAUAUUAAAAAAUGCCUCACAUAAAAUUAGCAGGAGCUGGGAUGGGACUUGGGAAAUUAAUUAGAAGCAUAAUUAAUCUGUGGAAAGUGACCUACCAUCAUCCUGGUGAAGUGAUGGGACUGAAAGAAAAACAAAGAUCAGCAUUUUCUCUCUGUGAUGUUUAGGUUAAAUUUUACCAGAAAUGCCAGCCCUGUUUUCUGAAAGUGUCUUUUAUACCCCUGUGCUGCUCCUUUUGCACAGUGAUAUUUCAAUUGUAGCUCUUCUUUCCUGGUCAGUGGAGCACUACACUUCUAGAAGACGUUUUAAUUGGUCCUUUCAGAGAGUAAGAAUUUAAAACACAAAAAUCUGUGAACAUAUUUCUUUUGUACUCUCUUGUGUUACAUAAAAUGAUCUAGUAAAAAUAAAUAUUUUUUUUCAAGUAUGUCUAGUUCUUUCCAUUGCAACAUUCAUUCACAAACUUGGGAGAAAGAAUGACUCCAUUCCUGCUUUUGCAGCAGGAGAAAAGCAGCUGAAAGAUGUUAGUUAGUGGAUAUUAACAAGAAAAAUUAAAUGUGGUAACUUCUUUUACAUUUUUGUUCUCAGCAUCUGAAGUAAGAGCCUGCCUCAACAGUGACUUCAGGACAAAGAGUACAGUUCCUUUUCACCUCACCACAUUUCCUGACC